GAGUGUCUCUACAGAGAGAGAGAAUCAAUUAGCUUUCAAUAUACAGAGAGAGAGAGAGAGUUAUGGCGGAGAGUGGUGGACGGAGGAUCGGAGUGGCAGUGGAUUUCUCGGAGUGUAGCAAGAAGGCUCUGAGCUGGGCGAUCGAUAACGUGGUUCGCGACGGAGAUCAUCUAAUCCUAAUCACCAUCGCUCACGAUAUGAAUUACGAGGAAGGCGAGAUGCAGCUAUGGGAGACCGUUGGAUCACCUUUUAUUCCCUUGAGUGAAUUCUCUGAUGCUGCUGUGAUGAAGAAGUAUUCAGUAAAGCCAGAUGCUGAAACUCUUGACAUUGUCAACACUGCCGCUAGGAAGAAAACGGUUACAGUAGUGAUGAAGAUAUAUUGGGGAGAUCCUCGUGAGAAGAUUUGUGCAGCAGCUGAACAGAUUCCUCUCUCAAGCCUUGUGAUGGGUAACAGAGGCCUGGGUGGUCUUAAGAGGAUGAUCAUGGGAAGUGUAAGCAACCAUGUGGUCAACAAUGUUGCAUGCCCUGUGACCGUUGUCAAGGCUCACACCUGAGUUUGCUGGGGGAACUCUAAAUAAUACCACCGUAUAUUCUGUGAUAUGUGUUUGUGGUUGAAAUUUGUAUUGUUAACUGUUGUGUGACUGGUGUAUUGUUCAUCUGUAUGGGUAAAAAACACUUCACCUUCUAAUAAAUACAUUCUCUUGUG